AGGGCGGGCGAGAGGGGGGAGAGGGAGAUGGAGCCAGUCAGUGCAUGCUUUGUCCCCCAGCACCUCACAGGAGAAAUGGCACAACGUGGAUGAGGAUGAUAAAGAGCCUCCCCAACCUGUGUUUAGGCCUGCUCGUACUCCUGGGCCACAGCUGCUAUUUACUGCAUCAUACACAGCACUGCAGUUGUUUCAGCUGUUCUUUUCUACAUCUGUGCUGCAGACCCUCAUUCACAACACGAAUGCCUAUGGUGCUAAACUGAAUCAGGGAAGAGACAAGCCAUGGCAUAACAUCUCCGGGGAAGAUUUUAAGUCUUACUUGGCGCUUGUUGUAUACAUGGGUCUUGUUAAGGUCUUUACCUUGACUGAUUAUUGGAGGAGGUCCACGAUAUACAGUCUUCCCUUUCCUGCUCAGAUCAUGUCCUGCAGGAAGUUUCUGACCAUCACAUCUGCUCUUCAUCUUAGCGAUCCUCAGGAUGAUGAAGAAAAUGAAGAGAGGAAGGGUACAUCAGCCUACGACCGCUUGGGGAAGAUCAAGCCUCUCUAUAACAACAUUAGGGAUGCCUGCAAGACUUUCUUUCAUCCACAUCAAAACAUCUCCAUAGAUGAGAGGAUGGUGGCAUCCAAGGCAAGGUCUGUACUCAAGCAGUACAUGAAGAACAAACCCACCAAAUGGGGUUACAAGCUUUUUGUUUUGGCAGACUCCCUGUGUGGCUAUACUUGUGAGUUCUUCGUGUAUGAGGGCAAGUCAAUGCAGUCUCGGAAUGGGCUGAGCUAUGAUUCAGUUAUGGCACUUGUGGAUGAAAAAAGGUUGGGCGCUGGUUACAAGUUGUAUGUUGACAACUUUUACACCAGCCCCAUUCUUUUCAGAGACCUCCUCUCUAAGAAGAUUUGGGCAUGUGGCACCAUACGUCCGAACAGGAUCGGUUUCCCAAAGACCAUCAGAAACCGACUGCCACGGAAUGCUUCACGAGGGUCCAUUAGAUGGCUUAGAGAAGAUGAGCUGCUGUUUGUGGAAUGGAAAGACACCCGGGAAGUGCUGAUGUGCUCCACUUUCCACAAAGCAUAUGAAGGUGACACAGUGAAAAGGAGGGUGAAGGCUAACGAUGGGCAGUGGUCUCAAGUGCAUGUGCCUAUUCCCGGUGCAGUGCUGGAUUACAACAGGUUCAUGGGGGGAGUGGACCUGUCUGAUGCCCUCAUUGGAUACUACAAAGUGCUCCACAAGACACGGAAGUGGUACCGUACGUUCUUCUAUCACUUUGUCGAUAUUGCUGUUGUCAACGCUUUCAUUUUGCAUCAGCAUCUGGCCAGAGCAAGGAACGAAAAACCCUUGACACAGAAAGCAUUUAGGGAAACGCUCGUUCUGGAACUUGCAGGCUUGAAAUCACGCACUGCUGCCCCUCAGACAUCUGAUGUUGGUCGCCACAACCCAAAACACAUCACGGACGACACCACUUCUGGACGACGAAAGUGCAGACUGUGUCAUCAGAAGACACCAGUGAUGUGUGCAACAUGUGAGGUGCCACUGUGUUUUUUGCCUAAACGGGACUGUUUCAAUGACUGGCAUGUGCAGACUGGAAAAUACUAACCAUCAUUGUUUGAAUGAUUCUUUUAUUUUUACAUUGUUCAGUUUAUUCAAAACUAAUACUUGUUCCAGAAAUGUUUCCUAGUUUAGGUCAGAGCCUUGCAUAAUUUCCAGUUCCGAGGAGGAAUGUGAAGGGAUAGAAGCAAUCGCUUCUUGAGACGGUAAUGGUCGAGUACGCACUCACACGCACACUUAGAUGACUUGUAAAUUUUCAUCCUGUUUGUGAGCUAUUGUGUUUCCAUUAUUCCAAAAUAAAAUGUUUAUAGAUUUAAUCUGUUAGGACUUUGUUGUUGGUUUUGGUUGUUUGCUCUCGCUCUCUUUUUCCCUCUGUCUCCCUCUUUUGCAGUAUGAGUCCUUGGCCUUACUGAAUCAAAUGUGACAUGCUGGUGUGAGGCAGUACACUCUGUAAUGGCUUGGGUUUCCAGUUUGUUAGAGAAGAAACCUCCUUAGUGACUGCCUUGAUCAACAUGUCUCCCUGCACUUUGUAAAUACUGUAAAUAUUUUAGUUUUUCAGUUAUUGUAUAUUUUCUAUAUAAUAACUAGAAGUUUACUGUAGAUUUGAGUAAAAAAUUAUUGUUACAAUUACAAAUGUUCUGAAAUAUUUGUUAUUAUAUAUAUAUAUAUAUAUAUAUAUAUAUAUAUAUAUAUAUAUAUAUAUAUGUAUAUAUAUAAUAUUUGUUCAAAAUAAGAGUUUUGUUAAAAUGUACAAAUGUUGUUCUGAAAUAGUUUUUUCUUGUGUGUCUUGAUGGGCCAAGUAGUGGUGAAUUGAUAUAAAAAAUGUAGUAUGAA